AUGCCUCGCCUUCCUCCCUCCGUGGCAAGAGGCAGUGGAGGCUGCAACGCCGUGGUGCAGGCGGAGAAGGAUACCAAGAUGAAGCCGGAAGAGCGGCUUCUGCGCGACCUCUACGAACCUGAGUUGCGUGGAAAUGCCCUCGCUGAGCUCUCCGAGGUCCCUCUUUUUCCUUUCCUCGUCUGCUGGUUAUACAUCCCUGUGUUGGAAGAUCUGGCCUCCUCGAUCUCUAGUGAGAAAAGGGAGAUGCUUAAGAAUUUGGCUCCACUGAUGUGGCACUCUUUUGGAUCAAUUAUUAUCCUGCUCCGGGAAAUUUUGUCAGUCUACCCUGCACUUUCACCCCCAACACUAACGGCAUGUGCAUCGAGCCGAGUAUGCAACGCAAUUGCACUUCUUCAGUCUGUUGCAUCACACCCUGAGACUAGGACCUCCUUUCUAAAAGUAUUAUGGAUUUUUUACUUGUAUAGUACUAAUAAACUUUGUUUCCUGGAUAUGUCACCAUUAUUCUUCACUCUCUCUCAUUCCAUAUACCUAUUCCCACUCUUGAACACUGUCAGCAAUGCUAGAUCUUUCGAGUCCCUGCGACUCACCAGUCUAGGUGUGAUUGGUGCUCUUGUUAAGGCAGAUGAUACUGAAGCCAUCGGUUUCCUGCUGCAAAGUGAAAUCAUUCCUCUGUGCUUGCGAAUCAUGGAAACAGGCGAAGAGCUUUCAAAAACAGUGGCCACUUACAUUGUCGAAAGGAUUGUGCUGGAUGAAGCUGGGUUACAGUACAUCUGUUUCACCGUGGAACGUUUCUUUGCGCUAGCCUCUGUUUUACAAAGCAUGGUGAUUUCACUAGCUGAACAACCCUCCACCAGGUUGCUGAAGCACAUCAUCUGUUGCUACCACAGGCUGACUUAUCAUCCCCGGAUGACCCUGUUGCAAGGAGCUACCUCCGACAACUGCUGGAUACUCUGGCUGCUCCUUGGGACGAAGCACCUGAUUCAGGACCAGGUUCCGCAGCGGGUGGAGCACCUCAUGCUGGCCCAGGCUCCUCUCAGGCCGAACCAAGUCGCGUACGCCGUUGAUGUGAACCAAUCUGGUCGCUGCAAUUCAGGGUUCACUGCAAGGAUGCAAAAACCUUUCCGCGAAUUGCAGCUAGACUAG